AUGAUUAACAUCAAUGGCAAUUUUCAUGGUUUUUUUCAAGGAAAGAGAGGAUUGAGGCAAGGUUGUCCUUUAUCUCCUUAUCUAUUCACUCUUGUGAUGGAAGUCUUCAAUCUCAUGCUCAAAAGAAGUAUUCGUGAGAAUGCUAGUUUCAAAUAUCAUUGGAGGUAUAGUGCUCAGAAGAUAACCCAUUUAUGCUUUGCGGAUGAUUUGAUGCUUUUCUGCCAUGGAAACACUGGAUCCAUAAGAAUCGUAAAGAAAGCUAUGGAUGAGUUUGCUGGAACUGCUGGUCUUAUCCCUAAUUUGUCUAAAAGUCACAUUUUCUUUGGUAAUGUGAAAGAGCCUCUUAAUAGAAGGAUCCUUGAUGUGCUUCCUUUUGUUGAAGGCAAAUUCCCUAUGAAGGGCAUCACUAAUGAUAUAGAGAAAAUCAUGAGGAACUUUCUUUGGAAAAGUGGGGAAAACAAGAAGGGAGUGGCUAAAGUUGCUUGGAAUGAGAUCUGUAAGCCUAAGAUUUAUGGAGGUCUUGGAUUGAAGAAUUUAAAAUAUUGGAAUAUUGCCCUGCUGUCCAGUAUAAUAUGGAAGAUUUUAAGUGGUCAAAAUUCUCUGUGGGUGAAAUGGGUGAAUUCUUAUCUUUUGGAGGAUAGAAGCUUUUGGGAUGUGGGUUAUAAAGAUAAAAUGAGUUGGAGUUGGAGAAAUCUUUUAAAAAUCAGGCUUCAUCUUCGUGAAUUUUUCUAUGUUCAGAUUGGAAAUGGUGAAGGAACAUUCAUGUGGUUUGAUAAUUGGCAUCAGCUGGGGACUUUGAGUUAUGUUCUGUCUCCGAGAGAGAUAGGUAAUGCUGGGUAUAAUAUAAGGGAUAGAGUUAGUGAUGUUAUUGUUAAUGAAGAAUGGAGUUGGCCAGCUGAUUGGUUAAGAAUGAUUCCGCAGCUUGGAGAGUACUCUGUUCCUAGUCUUAUCAGAGGAAAAAAGGAUACUGUUUUUUGGUUGAAUUGGAAGGGUAAUAUUGUUCCCUUUGCUGUUAAUCAGGUCUCCUCUUCUCUUAUCUGUCAUGAGUCUAAAGUUGAUUGGCAUGAUUUGGUUUGGUUUCAAAAUAGAAUUCCAAGUCACUAUUUUAUUCUUUGGUUUGCUAUUCUUGGAAGACUCAGAACUCAAGAUAGAAUGAAAAAUUGGAAAGACUCUAAUGAAUUCUGUUGUGCUUUUUGUAACAAUCAAGUGGAUUCCCAUUCUCAUCUGUUUUUUGAAUGUAAUUUCCCAAUGGAAGUGUGGGAUUUGAUGAAAGGCAAGGUGAAACUAAAGCACAAACCAGGUAAUUGGUUUGAAAUUAUCCAAGAGCUCCAAUGUUCCUUAAAGGUGAGAAGUAUUGAUAGUUUCAUUAAAAAGAUUGCUUUGGCUGCUUCCAUUUAUCAUAUUUGGAAUGAAAGAAAUAAAAGAUUGUUUGGGAGAGAGAGAAAUUCUGUGGAAAAUGUAGUUAAGAAUAUCAUAGAAGACAUUAAGACUCAAGAUUUUUAG